AUGCCAAUAUUAUCACUUACUUCUCAUACAAUUUACAAUUUAGAUAAAAUUUUACAAAAUGAUGUACAAGAAUUCCUAAUCACAAAUAAUACAGAUUCUUCAACAGUAACAGUGCUACCGGAAACAUUCUUGAAUAAAAAAAGGUGUAGACAUAAAAAUGAUGAAGAUAGUUUAAUAUUAAUUAAUAAUCUGUUUAGGAUGAGAAGUGUGAAUAAUUGUCAGUAUUUAGAUAAAAAAAAAAAUAUUAAUAAUGUAGUGGAUAGUACUACUAAUAUUACUAAAAAGGAAAAUGGAAUUGAUUGGAAUACAGAUAUAUUGGAUGCUUUUGAAUAUACAUGCAAGGGCAUUGGUGUUACUAAUGCUAGAAGUGUAGACGAAGUAAUUGAUACGUCUAUAAGUGAUGCCAGUAACGAGUCGCACAAAAUAAUUAAUUUCAAUAUUUUCCAGCAAGAUAAAACACCCUUGGAGGAGAACAAAGAUUCGAUAGAUAUAAAAACUUGUGAAAGUAAACAGCAUUUGGUUAUGCCCAACUUUAAAAUUAUUGUUAACGAUAGAGAAGCUUGUGAGGUCGAACAACCCAUUAAAUCUAUUACCAGGAGUAAAAGGGGAAAUGGUUUUAAAAGAUUCUAUGAAAGAUUGAAAACUAGGUUUGAGCAUAGGCGUCAUAACAAAAUAGAAGCAUCUUCUAAUAUACCUGGUACUGGGCCAUUGAAUUUAUACACCAUUAAAGAAGAACAGGAACUUUGUAGUGACGUGGAAGAAAAGGAGGAUACAGAAGACAAAAUUUCAGAAUACGGUGAUGAUUCUUCUCUGUGCAUGAAAGACUUUACACUGGUGUAUUUUCCUAGUUACCUUAAUAUUGAUAAUUCACAAUCCUCUGGGCAACUGGGCUUCAAAAGCUUUAGUAAGCCUGUGAAUUACUUUGGAUUUCAAGAUCACUUGUUAACAACAAAUGAAUUUAACUCAAGAUUUGAAAUGUUUUCACAAACUAGUUUUUUGCAAAAAAAAAUCAGGGAUCAUCACUGUAAAAAUUUUAAAAGAGAACACGAUGCCUUGAGGAGGGCUGGGUAUUUUAAUAGAAUAAAUUCAAUUUUUAAAAGAAAUAGCCCCGAACAUGGUGGAGAAGCAUACGGCCAUGACACCAGUGUUAUUCGAAUAAGAGAUACUGACGAUAGUGGUGGUUUAAAUCACUUUUUCUUCAGUAGGCCAAGCGUUAAUUCUUUGAGAAGAAAGUUUUCAAGGAGAUUUUCUAUGUCCCAUAGAAAUGGUUCCCUUAAAACAAUAGGUGAUGGGCCUAGGAACGAUGCAAUUGCAGAGGAAGAUGAGGAAGAACGUAUUAGUGGGACUUUAAGGCCAACUGCCUAUGGAUCUUUUUCUUCAUCGUCACCCUCAGCAGUUGUUAACUUAAAUGUUAAAGAAUCAAGAAGGGCUUUUGAAACUGAGUCUAAUGUAAAUAUAAAGACAAGAUAUAACACUGCUAAUAAUGAUUUCCAACGAUUUUUAAAUAAAUUAUCAGUAAUUUUCAUCAGAAAAAGCUAUCAAGUUAAUAUUAUUGGAGUUAAGCAUGAAUAUCAAUCUUUGGUUGAUGAGCAGUACACUUGUUACCUUUCCAAUUGUUAUCAUUUCCCUUAUUUUAAAACAUCGUUUAACGAAAGCAAUUUGAACUUGGAAGAUUAUUAUAAUAAUAAUAGUUGUUCAAAUGGUACAUACGUUAAGUUUUUAAAUUAUUGGAAUUUAUUAUAUUUCCAUACAUUAAUGCAUAUGCCUAAGUGUCAAUAUAUUAGGUGUAAGAGUUGUAAUAAGACUAUUGGUACCACUUAUGAAUCGUUGGUAUACAGGUUACAAUUUAACAAUUAUGUUAAUCAGUUAUGUGGGAAUUGUAAGUUAAAUAAGUUGAAUAAAGGGGAAUAA